AUAAAAGGCCGGUCUGCGUUGUCCGAGUUUUCCGCCAGCAACGUGCAGAGAACCGCACACAUAAACACACACACACACGCACACACACAUAUAUAUAUAUAUAUACACAUACACACACCUUGAGGAUGAGAGAGAUUGUCCACAUUCAAGCCGGUCAGUGCGGCAACCAGAUCGGAGCCAAGUUCUGGGAGGUGAUCAGUGAUGAACAUGGCAUCGAUCCCACUGGAAACUACGUAGGUGACUCAGACCUCCAGCUGGAGAGAAUCAGCGUUUACUACAAUGAAGCUUCCUCCUCCAAAUAUGUUCCCAGAGCUAUCCUGGUGGAUCUGGAGCCAGGCACCAUGGAUAGUGUCCGAUCCGGAGCCUUUGGUCAUCUCUUCAGACCGGAUAACUUCAUUUUUGGUCAAAGUGGAGCCGGGAACAACUGGGCUAAAGGCCACUACACAGAAGGAGCAGAGCUAGUGGACUCCGUCCUGGAUGUGGUGCGGAAGGAGUGCGAGAACUGCGACUGCCUCCAGGGUUUCCAGCUCACCCACUCACUUGGAGGGGGCACGGGUUCUGGCAUGGGCACACUGCUGAUCAGCAAAGUGAGAGAAGAAUAUCCCGACCGUAUCAUGAACACCUUCAGUGUGGUGCCUUCCCCUAAAGUGUCAGACACAGUGGUUGAGCCCUACAAUGCCACGCUGUCCAUCCACCAGCUGGUUGAGAACACAGAUGCGACGUAUUGCAUUGACAACGAAGCCCUGUACGACAUCUGUUUCCGCACGCUGAAGCUGGCCACGCCCACUUACGGUGACCUCAAUCACCUGGUCUCGGCUACAAUGAGUGGAGUCACGACCUCAUUGCGCUUCCCAGGCCAGCUGAACGCUGACUUGCGCAAGCUGGCUGUCAACAUGGUACCCUUCCCUCGCCUGCACUUCUUCAUGCCCGGAUUCGCUCCUUUGACAGCACGUGGCAGCCAACAGUACCGCGCUCUUACAGUCCCUGAGCUUACACAGCAGAUGUUUGAUGCCAAAAACAUGAUGGCCGCCUGUGAUCCACGUCACGGCCGCUACCUCACCGUGGCCACCAUCUUCCGAGGCCGCAUGUCCAUGAAAGAAGUAGAUGAGCAGAUGCUGGCCAUCCAGAGCAAGAACAGCAGCUAUUUUGUUGAAUGGAUCCCCAACAACGUGAAGGUUGCCGUAUGCGACAUUCCACCCCGAGGACUAAAGAUGUCCUCCACCUUUAUCGGCAACAGCACGGCCAUCCAGGAGCUGUUCAAGCGCAUCUCCGAGCAGUUCACAUCCAUGUUCAGGCGUAAGGCUUUCCUGCACUGGUACACCGGCGAAGGCAUGGACGAGAUGGAGUUCACCGAGGCUGAAAGCAACAUGAACGACCUGGUGUCUGAGUACCAACAGUACCAGGACGCCACAGCUGAGGAAGAUGGAGAGAUGUACGAGGAUGAUGAAGAGGUCAGAGGCCCAGCUUCAAAAGUAAACACUAAUGAAGUAGUGAUUAGAAUACAGUAUGUAACAACCCAUCUCUAAAACCGAUCUCUAAUCACAAUGCUGGAUGAAAUAUCUUAAUCUUUCACUUCUCUUACAGGUAGAUUAAACUUCAUGUUAACCAUUUGUGCCAGUUACAGCAGAAAUUCACUUUACUGUGCCAUAACAGCUUCUUGACUACUGUAUUUGUUGUAUAGUGUUGUUCACUGACCAAUCCUAAAUAAAACAGCGUUUCAAGUG